AUAAUGUUAACCGAUAUUUGAGGUUUACUUAUCACAGCUGUUAGUAUUACCCAAAUUAACAUAUAGCAUGUAAAUUUAUUUUAGGAAUGAAAUCCCUUCCUAACUUUCUUAAGGACACAUAGUGAUGAUCUACAUCCUGGUUUGCCCAUUGUGAUCUUCCUUGUAUCUCCAUUGUCUAAGCCAUCUCUCUGCUUCAUAUCUUGUGCCAAAUAGAAGGACAUUGUUUGCACAUAUAUCCUUUCUAAACUAACCCAGGGCCAUCACCUUCUGUAUUUGUGACACUUUGGAAACCAGAGCAGAACCAUGUUCUACCAUUGGCCAUAUCAAGUUCAAUACGAUCUCACUUCCUUCUUUACCAAUUACACUUCAAAAACUUCCACUUUCAAAUGAAAAUGCAUCAGUUCUGUUCCUUAAACCCAAACAUAUUUUCCCACUACUGCGAAAAAAGUAGCCAGUUUCACUUCAUUCACCAACUUGCUCCUAACCACAAAUGGAGCUGUUUGUAUCAGCCUCCUGCAUGGACUGGCUGCUUUACCUAUCAAAGCCUCUCAGCCAUGCACGAAGAAGAAAUAUACACCUCUCUUCAGUGGGAUAAUCCAACAUCAGAAACUUCUCAGAAAUGUCUGACUUCCACCAAACUUUCAGGAACAUACUGUGUUGUGAUGGCGAUUUCAUGGAUUUUCUGCAUAGGCUUGUUAACAACAUCCAUUUUCUUGGGCAUCAAAUUUUUCCAGGUAUCUACCAUCUCAAUGCAGCAGCAAGAAAAACUCAUCCACCAGGAAAGAGCAUUGUUGAACUUUACGCAAUGGAAGAGAAACCAUGACAUUCAGAUGAAAUAUUGUCAAACCUUGAUGCAAAACUCUUUCAGUUUGGCCUGUAACUGCAGUCCUUGUUCCGACAACUGGAUUCAGAAUGGAAAGAGUUGUUACUAUGUCUCUGAUAUUUGGAAAAGUUGGCUAGCCAGCAAAGAGGCUUGUUUGAAAGAGGGCUCCAGUCUUCUACAAAUAGACAGCAAAGAAGAAAUGAUCUUCUCUCAUAGGUUUUUAUCACCAAAAACUUGCAGAAGCUCAAAGCAGGCUAUGCGUACUGGGUGGAAAUAUCUCAGGAUGGACUUCAGGCACCUUUCCUUUGGCAAGAUGGCUCCUCUCCUUCCCCCGACCUGUUACCAACAAAGAGACCCCAGUCAACCAACCAGCUCUGCAGAUUCCUCAAAGACAAUGUCCUUUUGUCAGAUAACUGUAACAACUGGAAAUAUUUUAUCUGUGAGAAGUGCUCAUUAAGAUGCUCUAUCUGAAAGAAUUUGCUCAAAAAGAUCUAUAACGCUGGUAUUUGAAACAGGCCAUUGAAAAACCUGCCACAAAAAGACUAAGAGCAAAUACAGAAGUAAACCAGUGUAUGGGCUUUGAAACCAGCUUCCUAGAAAUCAACGCUUACUUUCAUAUUUUCACUUGGAAAUGUCUUCAACAAUUUGAAGAUUUCAGUUGACAUUGUUCAAAUUGCCAAUAAAUUGAUUGGAAUUACAGAGGACCAGACACUGAUGCUCUAUGAACAAACAAGAACAUAAUUUCCUUCCCUCCCUCCCUCUUUCUCUUUUCUUCCUUCCCUUCCCUUCCCUUCCCUUCUCCUCUCUUUUCCUCUCCUCUCCUCUCCUCUCCUCUCAGGGCCAUUGAGAAAAUAAAAUUUGUCUGUAAAUUGUCAGUGACUACUUGGAGAGAAUAUGUUUGAAAAUCAAUUAAUCCUCUUCAAAUAAAAUUCUCCUCUAUAUUCAAUCUCCUCUCCUCUCCUCUUCUCUCUCUCUCUCUCUCUUUCAGAUAGAACUAGGAGACUCUCUCUCUCUCUCUCUCUCUCUCUCUCCUUUUGUCCAGAAACAGUAUAAAUAUCACGCAGAAAUCAAUAUGUGAUUGGAGGAGGUGGUCCAGUUAUAACUGACUGAUUUUUUUAAAUAAAUAAAUAAAUGUAAAGCUUGCAGCCUGCCAAACCUUCCUAUGCAUUUUCUAAGCUUUCAGGCAUUAUGUUGGAUUGAUAGAGUAAAAGGAAAGAGAUAUGGAUUUCCAAAUUGGAAUUGAGGGGAAAAGGCUUUUCUCUGCAGUGUCACUGUUCUCUGUGUCAGGACUGCAGAGUUCCAUGGAGAAGUGAACCCCUAGAACUUGCCAGCAUCGGUUACCCAGUGAAGGAAAGCUGUGAGCUUCCUGACUCCCUCUGAGUACAUUCCCACCACUCACAAAUCGAAGGGCUCAUGUCUGAACCCCCCAGAUUAACAUACCAGUACUUUUAACUGUAUUUCUCAAUGCCCCAAAUUCUCCAUCAAAAAAUAAUAAUUGGAUUUACUUUUAAAAUUGUUGGAAGACUAAAUCAUAAAUAUAUGUAAAUUGUUGUGAAUGAUGUCCUAUAGAGUUGGAUACUGUAUCAGUGCUUGCUACUGUUAUCUGGAGUAAGCCACCAGCCACUUCUAGAUAUCAACCUCUAUGUGCAUGCUGGGCAAAACAGUCUAUUUUCCUGCUAAUGUUGCAGGGCCAUUGAGAAAAUAAAAUUUGUCUGUAAAUUGUCA